AUGGCCAACAUUCAGAUCUUGACCCAGCCUGCUCAGGCCAACGCCAACCGAACCUUGUCCCCAGCCAUCGAGCUUCAUCAGCAGGUUGCCACAGAGCCAAACCUGUACUUUGCACACGCGGCGCUAUAUGACGCUGCAGGAACGGCCGUCUCGGGCGUUCUCCAGGGCGACGUGAGUGCCACCGGCACGCCGACGGACGGGGGCCUCAACUACUCCUUUGCCAAUCUGAAGAUCACGGCUCCUGGACAAUACUAUGUCCUGGUGAAUAUCUUUGAGCAAAGCAAUGGCGCAAACUACCUGGGCGAGGCCAGGUCGAAUCUCAUCACCGUCGUUUAA